UGGGCCCUGAUUUGGGCUUAAAUGCCAUAGUUUUCAUAUCGUGCUCUGCGUAUCUUGUCUGUUCUGGACCAGGUAAGUAGCUUCCAGAUAUUUUUUUCCGACAGCAUUCUUUGCAUUGAUUCGCAUUUGAUUUCAUUCAUCGUCACACUGUAUGAAAAAAAGGGAUGCUCCCCAAUAGGGCACUUACAAUUAACAAAAUGGGAUACAUAGAUUCAUUUACACUAGUAACUAUAGUUUUAUAAUAAUAAAGAGUUUUAAAAAAUCCGUCCCAUUCAAGAUAAGGGCUACUUAUUAGGGAAAAGGAUCCAUAACCAAAAACACCACCAAACAUCAACAACAAAAACAACAACAACAUCAACAAUAACAACGCGAUAGUCCAUAAAAUUUAAAUAAUAAAUUCAUUCCUUCUUCUUCAUCUAUAUGUUGAGGGUCCACGAUCAAUGGAAUGAUUUCAUUCUAACUCCUAUUUAUGUAGAAGAGGUUCGCGAUGUUUCUGCCCUUGGUUUUGAAGAGGAUACUUCACUAGUUGCACUGGUCACCAAUGGCGAGUUUGACCACUUAUAUCUAUGGAGUUAAUGUAAAGUGUUUCAUUGUGACAAAGUGUUAAGAACAAAAGUCGGACGAAUCUGGCCCUGCUGUUUAAAACUUUGUUUUUAUUUAAUUUUCUGAUUACUUAAAUGUCGGUGUUCAGUACUUCUGUUUUUAAGCAGUUAUUUUGGAAUUAUAUCUUAAUGCUAUGGAAGAGUUUAAACAGCUUUAAUAAGUCUUAAUGCUAUGGAAGAGUUUUGAACAGCUUUAAUAAGUCUUAAUGCUAUGGAAGAGUUUGAACAGCUUUAAUAAGUAUUAAUGCUAUGCAAGAGUUUAAACAGCUUUAAUAAGUCUUAAUGCUAUGGAAGAGUUUGAAAAACUUAAAUAAGUCUUAAUGCUAUGCAAGAGUUUGAACAACUUUAAUAAGUCUCAAUGCUUUGCAAGAGUUUGAACAGCUUUAAUAAGUCUUAAUGCUAUGCAAGAGUUUGAACAGCUUUAAUAAGUCUUAAUGAUAUGCAAUAGUUUGAACAACUUUAAUAAGUCUUAAUGAUAUGGAAGAGUUUGAACAACUUUAAUAAGUCUCAAUGCUAUGCAAGAGUUUGAACAGCUUUAAUAAGUCUUAAUGCUAUCCAAGAGUUUGAACAGCUUUAAUAAGUCUUAAUGAUAUGCAAUAGUUUGAACAGCUUUAAUAAGUCUUAAUGCUAUGGAAGAGUUUGAACAGCUUUAAUAAGUCUUAAUGCUAUGAAAGAGUUUGAACAGCUUUCUUUUCAUAAAGCCAUGUAUUAUUUUUUCUCAGAUGUCUGGUAACUAAAUAACUUUAGUUGAAUGAAGAAUGUAUGAAAGCUUUUCUAUUGUAAGCAAUUUUGUUUUACAAAAUUCAGCUCAUAUUCUAAAUGUUAAAAAUCCAGAGAAAACAUAUCUUAAUUUCAUUACAUUUCGUGAAUAAAUUUCAUUUAAAUAAUUUCACUUUAAAAAGCUUUUGUCAUAUUUUAUGUAAUAAAAAAAUAAAAUAACAUCUAAUAUUGCUUAAGAUAGAGGUUGGAAACAAUUUUCCUUGUUAAAUUAAUUAAUUGUGUAUAGAGAUAAAAUGUGGUUCCAAAUGAUGCUCAUUUGUUUAGGGUAUCAUAGCAUCAUCAUCUGUUUUGGGGUUCAUAGCUUUAAAAAAUAAUUAAACUGUUUUGAACAUGUCCAGUAGUUUUUUUGUUUUUUUUACUUUCCCUCUAAACAGAAAAACAACAAGAACAUUUUCUUAAUAAAUUAUUUACAAGAGCAUCAACCCCGCCCUCUGCUCCCUACCCCCCCCCCUCUUCUCUUGCCUUUCAACUCUAACUCUGCCGUCUCAGAUGACAUUCCCACCUCUUCCCUUGCCUUCCAACCCUAACCCACCGUCUCAGAUGACAUUUCCACCUCUUUACUUGCCUUCCAGCCCUAACCCACCGUCUCAGAUGACAUUCCCACAUCUUCCCUUGCCUUUCAACUCUAACCCACCGUCUCAGAUGACAUUGCCACCUCUUCCCUUGCCUUUCAACUGUAACCCACCGUCUCAGAUGACAUUGCCACCUCUUCCCUUGCCUUUCAAUCCUAACCCACCAACUCAGAUGACAUUCCCCCCUCUUCCCUUGCCUUUCAACCCUAACCCACCAUCUCAGAUGACAUUCCCCCCUCUUCCCUUGCCUUUCAACCCUAACCCACCGCCUCAGAUGACAUUCCCAUCUCUUCCCUUGCCUUUCAACUCUAACCCACCGUCUCAGAUGACAUUGCCACCUCUUGCCUUGCCUUUCAACUCUAACCCACCGUCUCAGAUGACAUCCCCACCUCUUCCCUUGCCUUUCAACUCUAACCCACCGUCUCAGAUGACAUUCCCACCUCUUCCCUUGCCUUUCAAACCUAUCCCCACCGCCUCACACGUCAAUCCCACCUCUUUCCCCUUCCCUUCCAUACCACCUCCCAUUCUACAACGCCGAGGAUCCCUGGGACCAUUUCCUCAAAGACUCUAACACAUUAGCGCUUUAAACCCUACGAUUAUGAUAAUAUACACGUUUUGAGCAUCUUUGAGCACAUUUUAAGUUUGCGUGUUUAAAAGAGCUGCCCCAUUUAAGGUUCUGGAGUACUCAGCAUUUCCUUUGAUAUUAGCGAUGGUUAUAAGGGACAUACUUUCUAAAUCUAGGACACACGUUUUCAUCUUAGGCUUUUUUUUGUUGAAUAUGCGGCUCGAUCACGUAUUAAGGAAAAUAACUGUAUGAUAACGAAAAGAAGAAGAAAACAACAACAUAUCUAUAAAUGUGUUAAAAUCCAUAAGGAAUUAAUUUGAUUGACUAGUAAUUAUAAAAAUGUUGAAAUGGCUACUUAAAAUAGAGAUGUAGUCGAUGGCCUGUAAAUCGAGUGGCACUUUAGUCCAAUGUUUGAUUGGUGAAUUAAUUAGGAGUUUUUGUUUUAUUUUGUUUAUUUUUUUUAAAUAUCCAUUUUUUGGCGAAGCACAUGUAAACGGACAUAUUCAGAUGACUGAUUUGAAAGUUGAUUGAUACAUGAGAAGGAGAUUUAAGAAAUUAAUAAGCGUUAAUUUAUUAACGGUCAACAAAUAAUGAAGUUAAAGGAUAUUAACAUUUAAAGGUAUUGACUGAGUUGGAAAAAAAAAAUGUUUAAGAGCACUUUUUGAAGAGAGGAAAUGGGGGCGUCUUAAAGUAUGAUUAAAGAAGUAAUAUUUAUUUUUGAACUACACACACUUAUGUUGUUUACUCAUAAGAUCCUUACACGCGAUUAAAUACAUACGCAAAAAAAAAAGAACAUCCGUUUUCCGAAGAAGUGCGGUUUCAUGAACACAAUCUAAUGGUCUCGAAAUGUUAGGCCAUGUGUCUGAGUGCUUUGCUGCUUUAACACGCAUACUUCGCUUUCUUACGCUUUGUAAGCCCAGUGAACAUCAGUCGAUAGCAGGACCGCUGCACGGUCGGGGGGAAAGCCGCCCCCCCCCCUCCAAGGCUGAUGAAGGAAGAUGAUAGCCGAGCCAGGGCUCAUCGACCGGUGUCAACCACUGUAGAAAUGUUCUGACCGGCUCAUCCAGCCCCAGGCAACCCGGGCUAUUUGUUGGCGUCAUCAAGGUCACUUAUCAAAGCCCAAGUACCUGGCAGAAAAGGUGUGGGUGGGGGGGGUGUGGGUGUUGUUUAGAUCUGUGUAUUAGGGUAAUAGCGGGUUGUGAUCAAUGAGAACACUUUUGACCAACUAACGAUUCGGAAACGGAAUUUAAUUAUACAUAGUUUUAAUCUUCUAUAAGGUCCGAACGUCAGCAAUGGGGAGGUAGCACACACACAAAAAUCCAUGGGGAAAUGGAUCUGGGGCUGUGAAAAUGGGACGGUGGAGAUGAAAGUGGGGAAGUGGAACUGGGAUUAUGGGACGGUGGACAUGGAACUGGGCAAAUGGAACUGGGGAUUGGGACUGGACGAGGGAACAACUGAAAAUUCAAUAUUCCAAAACUGUAAUCAAUCGAUACCAUAAAAAAUAACUAAUUUACAUAUUUUUCUGUUUUGAUGUGUACGGGAGGCGACUACAAAACGUAUUUUUGAUUGCUGCUGCUUUUUGUAAUAUUUCACGUAACAAUCUUUGUAUACAUGGUGGACACACAUAGAGAUAUAAACGAACAAUAAUAAACAUAAUAAUUGGUGGUUACUUACUGUGUCUACAAGAUAAAAAUAAAAACCCUCCUCAACCCAAUCUCCCCAGAACUAUAACAAACAAACAAAAAGAAAAACAGAAAAAAAUCACAACAUUAAUCAGGCCCUAAAUAUAAAUAAGUACAAAAUAAACUGAAUUGGAUGUUCAUUGCACUGGUUUUUAUGAGACAUAAUGAAAUGUAUGAUUUAUUAAAAAAAAAAGAUAGAAUAUAUUUAAUGUUGAGUGCUUAUGCUAGAGCUAAAUGAAAACAAUCUCCGAGGACCGAUAUCCCAUUUCCACCACCACGUUCCUAAAAGUCAUAUCCGAAGUCUAUUCUAUAGCGCCACGGCCGCAAUAAAUCCAUCAGCUCACACAAACAGAGGACCGCCAAGUCUCUGACAGACGCGGCCAUAAAUUGGUUUAGCCAACACAUUUUGUAGAUGAUUUGAUUAGGUUGACAGUCGAAAUAAGUGGCUUGAUCAGGGGCCGGGUUAAGUGUAUAUGCUUGAGAGGCACAGCUGAUGUCAGGGGGAGCUUAGAAUGGGAAGAGCAAACAGGGACGUCGUCUUAGGGGGAGGGGAAACGGGGCUUGGAGGGCAGUUGCUGCGAGCACGUCUUAUUUGCAGAAAUAUUUAUUAACUGGAGAUGUCUGUUUUGUGUGUGUAUAUAUUUUCUCGUGGGCCAGAAUCUUUAUCAGUACGAAACCAAACUAAUAAGAAAAACCAUUUUUAAACGGAAUGACAAAAAUCUUAUGGGGAUCGUUUUCAUAAUGAUUUAACUGGGAUUAAAAAAAAAAAAAAAAUAAAAAAAAAACAAUACUAAAAAUAAAAACUUUAUCAGUACGAAACCAAACUAAUAAGAAAAACCAUUUUUAAACGGAAUGACAAAAAUCUUAUGGGGAUCGUUUUCAUAAUGAUUUAACUGGGAUUAAAAAAAAAAAAAAAAUGAAGAACUCACAGUGCUAAAAAUUAAAUGUUUUGUAUCCAUAAACUAAUUUCCCUCUUGCAUUCUCAUCAUGUAAUACAAAUAACACGAAGCAUGUUUCCUGUGGAAUCUGUUAUUUAAUGCUGAUGACAAAAACGUUUAAUUUGGUAAAAUGCUUGUAAUAAAAUGAAACAGUCCCGAGUGGACCCAGAUAACGCAAUCAUUCUCUUAUUUAAAAGCACACAAUCAUUACAAACUUAUUAUAGAUUAAAAUAUUUAAACAUUAAAAAAUAAAAAUUCAAUCACUUCCCUAUCAUCAUACAUGUUCAACUUAUGUUAACGAACAGAAGGUUCUAAAACAAGCUGGGUGCAAGCUCAAAAAGGGGCAAAAAAAAAAAAACCCAUCACAAUUCAAAUUUACGUUUCGGUUAUAUGCCUUCUUUAGCAGACAAAACAAGGAACAACAAUAAAUAAAGAAAAUAAAAAAAGAAAAAAAAAAAAAAAAAAAAAAAAAAAAAAAAAAAAAAAAAAAAAAAAAAUAUAUAUAUAUAUAUAUAUAUAUAUAUAUAUAUAUAUAUAUAUAUAUAUAUAUAUAUAUAUUCUUUUCAUUUAUAAAUAUUUACACUAAUCAGUGCUAUGUCAAGUUAUUUGACGUUUACAGGUAGAAUUAUAAUAAAAAGAAAUUAAUUUUGCUUAAUUUCUCCUUUCUGAAUAUGUCAUUAUCAAAUAGACAGUACCACAACACCCCACACUGAUCCACCUCCAACCUCACCUCUACUCCCUUGUGUGCAGUUCCAACACGUUUCCCACUGAUCACCCCACCCCUCCUCUACUCCCUUGUGUGCAGUCACAUAACAUGUCCCACUGAUCCACCUCCAACUCCACCACUACUCCCUUGUGUGCAGUCCCACAACAUGUCCCACUUAUCCACCCCCAGCCCCACCACUACUCCCUUGUAUGCAGUCCCACAACAUGUCCCACUUAUCCACCCCCAACCCCACCACUACUCCCUUGUGUGCAGUCCCACAACAUGUCCCACUUAUCCACCCCCAACCCCACCACUACUCUCUUGUAUGCAGAACUGAAUACAUUACGAAGCUAAACGGGAUCUUCAAUCCAAAUAGCAAUCCAUUUUUUUUUUAUUUUCCAUCUCUCUCCGAGAACCUGUAAUCAUUGUUGUAAUUACUCUGGUCGUCGCUUAACUGGGGUCAAAAGAAAACACUAACAUCUGCCACGGUUUAAAUUAACAUGCAGUUUAACAGAUGUGACGUCUUUCCCAAAACCUCUUUGUAUGGAGAUGUGAUGCAUGUCAUGAAUACAUUUACCACAGUUUUCUCAUUCACUUACAACAUUACAUUUACCGUAGUUUUUUCAUUCGCUUAUAACAUUACAUUCACCAGUUUUCUCAUUCACUUACAACAUUACAUUCACCAGUUUUCUCAUUCACUUACAACAUUACAUUUACCAGUUUGUUUAUUCAAUUAUAACCAUUAAAUGUACCACAGUUUUCUCAUUUACUUACAUACUUUUUUUUCCAUAUUCCUUUUUUUUAUCUUUAUCUUUUUCAUGACAUUUACAGUUUUUUCCUCUCACUCACUUCUUUCGUGUUAUUUAACAAAUCUUAUAAAGAUAAACAUUUUACUUUUUAAAAAAAUAAUCACUCUGUAAUAAUAACUUCCAAGUUGAUCUUGUCCGCCCCGCUCUCAUUGCGCACCGGGAUGCUCUCUCAUUUGCUGCUUCCCCCGUCGGGCUAUAUGAUAACUUAACGGUUUAUUACGACUCUAUGAUAACGCAGUGUCAUGUUAGGAGCUUGUAGACAGCUAACAUCAAACGAAACCCUCAAAAAACAAAAGGGACUACGCCUCUGCGGAACGGAGAAAAACAAUAAAGGUGUUUGAGGUGCAAUGAGGUCCUAUCAAACUUUAAAUAGCUGUCUUCUUUAUAGAGCACAAUAUCAAAUAUCUAUGCAUAUAUGCGUCUGUGUAUGUAUAUAUGUAUUUCAUACAUUGAAAAUACCAACGCCUUGAAACUACAGCGCGAUAAUAAAAUUGGCAUGUCAUGUUCCAGAGAUCCCUAUACGAGGAAAUUGAGAAAUUUGUGCGAUUUAAAAAAAAAAAAUCAACACCGCAGCCACAAUGACAUGAGAAGAACCUGGACAUGUGGGAGGUGGCAUGUCGAGGCCGAGACAUGAUCACGUUGAUGUGCACAACCCCCCCCCGCCCCCCUUCCCCCACCCUUUCCGGGGUCGUCGGAGUUGUUAAACACAAUGAUUGGGAUUGAAGCGUGUGCAUUGCCAAGAGAAUAAUGUGCUAGGCACGCGCUGAUGUGUUUGUUGUUUCCCUGCGUACACCAUUGAAGUCCAUUCGUUUUCAAACAUUAGUUGUUUUUAUUUAUUUAAAACAGUGGAUCCAAAAUUGGUGGUGGUUUUGCCCAGAAGAGGGAAAAAGGUGGUGGGGGUGGGGUUGAAAAGCUUCGAAGAUUCUAGGGAGCGCUGGGGGGAUUACAUUAGAAAUUUAAAAAAAAAAAAUAAAUAAACCAAAAUUAUAAAUUUGAAAUGAUGCUAAUGACAUAUAUUUGGUUUUCAUUGUUAGUAACAAAGAAGAGCCAGUUUAUAGAGAUAUUUAUUGCUGCACACAACGAAGAGAAGAAAAAAAGAGAGUCUUUUAUCUAUUUUUAAAACAGAGUACAUGUACAAAGGUUUUACGCGACUAGAGUAGAUGUAUAGAUUUAGUAUCGCGUGUAAGACCUCGUCCUUGUCUGGUCUUGCCUUGUCGUAAAUUACUUCGAUAAAUCAAUGGCUGUGUUGUAGAACUUCCUCACGAUUUCGAGUGCUAAAAUAAAGAUUGCCAUGUGGCUACUUGCACCCGGAAACCAGAAGUGAGAGGUUGGGAUUACAAUUUUUAAAAAUUUUAUUGUUGGGUUUGUAAGACAAAAUGCGGUAUCAAAUGAAAGAUAGUUAAAUGGACUAUAUAUUUAUAAACUUAAUUCUUUAGUUUAACUAAAAUAAACUACCACAAAUGACAUCUGAAUAGCACUGAGUCAAAAUGGACCCAGUCACGCAGCGCCGCCAUUCGCACUCGGGUACCAUUAGACUCAAAGGGAGAUCACAAAUGCCAUGAUAAUCACAUAUACAAUCAUAGAUCACAAAUAAAAUGGGAGAUCACAAAUACAAUGGGGGAUCACAAAUACACUAGGAGAUAACAAAUACAAUGGGAGAUAACAAAUACAAUGGGAGAUCACAAAUACAGUGGGAGAACAUAAAUACAAUGGGAGAUCAUAAAUGCAAUGGGAGAUCACAAACGAAGUGUGAGAUCACAAAUACAGUCCUAGUCACAAAUACAGUCUGAGUCACAAAUGCAAUGUGACAUGACUAAUUAAUUUAAUAAGAAAUUGGAUGUUCGUGCACAUAGAUUUUAUUUUAGGCUCCGAGUUAGAUAGCUUCAGCCUCAAAGUCUCAGUAAAUUCGCAUUCAGCUGAAUUUGAAGAUGGAAACGGUGACAAUAGCUGUCUCGUACGUUUAGUAAAAUUACGGUACUUGAUUUCCGUUUCCCUACAAAGACAUGUCAUCACUCCAUUGAUAUUUAAAAAAAGUAUUAACAGACUGAUCAUUUUGCAAUUCUGCAAUUCUUCUUGAUAUUGCAUGUUUAAUAUGUUUGGACGGCGGAGCAUCAAAUAAUAAAAAUGUAAACGGCGACAUCUUUGUCAACUUCCAUGUCCGUCCGAUGUUUAUCAUAUAAAAUUUGAACAAUUAUCUUGAAUAUUUAAAUGCAUGCUUUUUAUAGAGCUCUUAUCUGAGGGAUAAAUGCAUGGGUCCCUUUUUGAAUGUGUUCCUUUCGAGGAUCCUAAUUUAUUUAAAUUGAUAAAUUGCCAGAGCUUUGAUAUUCGUGAAUAUGUUUUUUUUAAUGAGACAUCUUAAAAAAGUGCCUUUGGUCUUUAAAUCAUAUUUUUAAAAAAAAUCUUGUUCCAUUCAAAUGUAAAAGAAUUUUAUAAACUGGAUUUUUUUCCAAUAAAUGUUUAACUAUUUUGAUUGGAAUGUCGGCUAAGUGAUUCUGACAGGGUCCUAAACUGACGCAAACUCUAAUUGCCAUGUAGUAAAAUCUUUCGUUUGCAAACCCGAGAAUCUCCGGGUAUGUCGGCUAGUAUGAUAUAUUGUUAUCAUUGACAGAAUGAUUUGUUCAGCAAAUUUCAAUGUUAACAAGUUUAGGACCAUUGCUCAACAUCGCGAAUAGUUGCAAGAAUGUCAUUAUUGAUAUUUUGACAAUAGAAGUGACAGUAAUUUCAUUUCCGUACGGCCAAUUUUCAUGUAGACCAUGUCAAGUAGUUUAUCUUAUUUGCCCAGCGAAGAGAAUUAUGUGGUUUUUAAAAAAAAAAUCAUUACAGCUGAAUCAAGAUGGUUUUCAAGUUAGGCACAAAAAGCGUUAUUUUUAUAUCCUGUCUUUCUGUCUUUUAAAAUUAUUCCAUUUUCAAAUAAUUAGUAUUUGAUGAUAAAAUAAUAUUACAAACUGUUUUUAUUAGUUCCGCCGGAACACAUUAAUUAAUGUAUUACUCUCCAGGCAAACCCUUAAAUAAUUUAAUGUUAUGUGACUGUAAUUUAAUAGAUCUUUACGAUAUUGAAAUAAUGUAGUGACCCCCAAAUGUUACGAACUGCUUAUAGGGUAUAAGCAGCUCAGUGGCUUCAUCACGUCUAGGGGCAGUUAUUAAACAAAACAAUGAUCUAUAUGACACAUGGUUCUUUUAAUUAAAAAAAGAGCGUGUCUUCUUUCACCCUCACUCUCUCUCUCUCUCUCUCUCUCUCUCUCUCUCUCUGCAACUCCAAUACCACUACUAACCAUAACAACCAGCAACGUCAACACCUAUACCCAAAUACGUCACGAAUACAAAGCGCAUAGCAACAACUACACAGAUACUCUCUACACCAAAACACGCAGCCACAAAACACGAGCAAAACAUUAACAUAUAAUACUGUAUGGCAGUUUGGAAAGUCACACCUUUAUGGCGAAUUGGUCUUGUUGAAAUUUGUAUGAUAAUUCACUUAAAAUAAUGAAACUUUAUAAACUUAUGCACUUAUUGUAUUUAUUUACAUGUGGUAAAUUAAUAAUUUAUUCCCACUUACAUUUAAUCUUCCAUAUUUUUUUAAAUGUUGAACAUUAUUAAAAAUGUUCUUUUAUUAAAACACACCAAAAAAAAAAAGAUAAAAAACUGUAUUUUAGUUAUCAAAGGAUCAGUAGAGAAGACCCUCAUCAGAGACUUACUUACAAGAUACGACAUAGUAGGCAAGCCUGGGCGGCCUGUGGUCCACCCCACGGACACGAUCAUGGUCAACUUUAGUUUGUCACUCAUACAAAUACUGGACGUGGAUGAGAAGAACCAGGUCCUAAAGACAAACAUUUGGUAUCAUUACGUAAGUAUAAAUGGUUGUAUUAUUUAUUAGAUAUAUAUAUGCUGCCCUCUCGGAUAUUAUUUCUCAGCUAAGUACUCUUUUAAAAAAGUAUUCUGUUUUUUUCUGUUGUUUGAUCGCUGACGAAGGCUUCCUGCCGACAUGUGCGUUGUUUUGUUGCGUUACUUUUUCUGAUUUGACCAUACUUUGUUUUAACCCUUUCCUUUUUUUGUAAUACAUAAAAUAUAACCUAUAACGGCACUUGAUACACGAUGCUUGAGCUUUAACUAUACUUUAAUUACUUGACAUUUCAAACACUGCGAGGUGAAUCACUAAAUAUUUUUUUUUUCCUUUAAAAAGAAAAUCUAUUUAAUUACAUUAAAAAAAAAACUGACAUUAUUGACGUUCCUAAGUUUGAUUAUCUUUGAAAUGACAAACAAUUUUUUCCCCCUCACCAUUCUCUAGCGAUGGCGUGACAUUCUUCUGCAGUGGCAUCCACAUCUCCAUGACAACAUUACCAGCGUCCGCGUGCCUUCUGAUAAAAUCUGGUUACCUGACAUACUGCUCUAUAAUUUGUAAGUACAGCAAAGUGCCAAAUCCAGCAAUUUCGACUUAACAACGCCAAUACAUAACUAGAGUAGGCAUUCACAUUAACUAUUUGGCAACAGUGUUUUUUUUUAAUUUUUUUUUUUUUCAUCAAGUCAUAUUUUCUUAUCAUGAAUCACAUUUUCUUAUCAUCAUUCAUAGUUUCUUGCCAUGAGUCAUAUUUCCUUAUCAUCAGUUUUACUUUCUUAUCAUCAAUUAUGUUUUUUUUUUCCAAAUGAGCCUCAGCCACGUUUACUUUUCUUUGUUAAUUAAGUUCUCCAGAAGUCCUCUAUCACACACGAUUUGCAACCAAAAACAAAAACAAAAAAAAGAAUUAAAAAAUCUUAAUCAGAAAUGUGUUUUCCUGUCACCGUGCAACUUCAAGAGACGAUAGUUGAAUUUCGCUGGAGACAUUUCUUACGAUACCCUGAAGUCUCUUUGUAUGGAGAGUCGGCUGUUUCCCCUUUAGUAGCUACACCCCCCGCCCCCGACUCACCCCGCUGAUAAUUUUAAAAAAAAAAAAUUGCGAAUUUGAGAUAGUCGAUCAGCCUGACACAAGCGUCGUCACGAUAUGCCUGGAAUGUUCAUUGAUUACAAAUGUCAUACCGGCCAAGGCCUCAAGCUCUUGAUUUUUCUUUUUUUUUUCUCUCGUAGCUCAUAACAAUAUUGUUUACACCCGCAAGGCAGCUUCGUGUGGAGUUGAAUUUUUCCUUAUCGGGGAUAAAACUCAAUCCAAUUUUAAUGAGUCCCAUCUGGAAGUGUAUUGUUUGUAUUCCAGCACAUGUCUUGAUGUAGAUAUACAGUAUCACACACAUGCUGGCUGGUCGUCUACGGCAUCCUGAUCUAUAUCUAGUCGUCUUGAAUAAAUCUUGUCAUUGGAUCGAGCAGGCAAUGACGAGAAGGUGAGGCUGACGAACUGACCAACUCUCCCCCAAUUUAAACAAAAUACAGCUCAGUUCCAGCCUACUAAUCAAUUCAAAGCAUCGCCUUGGUCAUCAGCGUAUGCGAAGGACGAGCAACACAUAUACCUCAUCAUACACCAAACCAAGCCAGCCCAUAUUACUGACGAUGUAUGAAAAGUUUUCACUUCAAUUUCAGCAAAUUUUAAAAUUCACCUGGGAUGCAAAACGAAUGUUUUUACUAGAAGUAUUUUUAAAAAAAUACCAUUGAACUGCUCUUGUGAAGACAUUUUUGUGGUAAAAACUCUUUGUUGUUGUCUGGACGGUGUACAUUUAAUGCGUCCAUCAAUGGCAAAAGAAAAAUGAGCAGCAUUCCAGAAUAAUAUGAUCUACAAUUAAAAAUUGAUUUUUUUCCCCCUCUGGGUUAUCUUAUAUCCAUUGAGGAUACAACAUCCAGGAAAGUAAUACGUCAUGAUGAUCUAAAGAAAGAGGACAUAGCGUGAAAUCUAAAUAAUUGAACACAUUAGUGUAACGGCAAAUCAGUAUAAUUUUAAGCUCAUGACAUUCCAGAUUUUAAUUAGUGCUAGACGUAAAAAUUUUUAAUAUUACUUAAAUUUUGUAUUGUGAUUUGGCUUAAUAAGCAUUACAGGAUGCUAAGACUCGUCGUUUUAAAAAGAUACGCCAUCAUAACCAAGUACCUCCUACAAGCUGCUACAAGAAAAACGGUUUCUGUCAGAUGACAACCAAUGGAAACCUUCUACGUCCACCUGGGACUAAACUUGACGGGUUGCGGCAACGACAUAGCUCUAAUCAUUUCUGCUUCUUCAAGCUUAAAUAUUUAAUUUGCUUUGGGCCUUUAUCCAUUUCUCGUGUUCCAUGGUUAAAGUUUAAAGAGGGCUGUAGAAGAAAAAAAUGUUGACCUUAUUUCAGAAGCGUAUUCUCAAAAUCUUCAAGUCAAACAUAAAUUAAAUUUCCAACAGCUUUAUAUCGUUGUGCUGUGUGUAAGGCCGAAUGUGUUCUAGACUCUGUUAUAUAACAGACGGGAUUGCAAAGAAACCUUACAUACUUUACCUUAGCACUGACAUACACAAAUUGCUUUUAUGACAUUUAGAAGAAAAUAACAGAAACAGACGAAAUACCAUCAUUGAAAUCCUACAUAAAUAAGUAUGUAUAUUUCAAAAGCCUUCAACAAUUUUUUAAAUAACACCCACACACAAAAAAAAAAGCUUUUGCACCCUGAGAUUUUUACACUAUAUUUACGGUGCUUGAUUACCACAUUUAAAAAUGUAUUUAAAUGUCCCAACUUGACACUUUCUGACACAAUCUGAAAAGCUCGUGCAUUAAUUUCAAACCUUAACAUUGCUUAAAAUUUGUUUUUCGAACUUCGUUCACACCGUAUUUAAAAAGAUAUACACAAGGAAAAAAACGACGCAACAAUCAACUGAUACCAAAGGGCUACAGUAUAUCUCGGCAGAUCUCGUUACCCCCGGGCCGCGAUCUUGACACGCCAGUUUCCGCGCUUAAUCCGGGCAACUCGUCAAGUUGGUCCUGGCUUUCCAAUGAGGGUUGUCCAAGGGCCGUGUUACGGAUAGCCCAACUUUCUCUCUCCUCCCCCCCCCCCCAAACCAACUGUUUUAUCCAACUAACUGACCUUUAAUUCCCCCCGGGCCGCGAUCUUGACCCGCCCGUUUCCGCGCUUAAUCCGGGCAACUCGUCAAGUUGGUCCUGGCUUUCCAAUGAGGGUUGUCCAAGGGCCGUGUUACGGAUAGCCCAACUUUCUCUCUCCCCCCCCCCCCCCCAAACCAACUGUUUUAUCCAACUAACUGACCUUUAGAAUGAAUUUCUCUUAUCCGCUCUACGGCCAGCGUGGUGUCGCGAAUUCGAUUAGAAGAAAAUGAGUUGGACUAUCUCGUCCUUCCCCCCCUGGCCCCGCAGUCACUGUAAUGUACAAACACAGGCUUGAGACAUCCCGGCCGUCUUGUAUUGACAAAACAGAAUUACUUUUCUCACAGAGAUUACCCGAAAUUAAAUCUCUGUUUUCCUGAUUUAACAGAAGAUUGCGAGGAGAGGUUUUGGGUAAAAUUUACUGAAGGUUAGAAUGUGUUGAAGGAAUAUACUUCUAGAUCUAGUUAAAAUACAUACUCACACAUCUAAGUUGAAUGAAACCAUACACAACUAUCUCGUAUGGUGGCACACUAGAUCCUCGUUAACAAGUUUAAUUUUCAAUUAAAAUAACAUGUAUUUUUAGGUAUUGGAAAUAUAACAAUGUUGCCACCUUGCCACCAAUUGUAAAAAAAAAAUCAUUUUUGGUGCAAAUUUAUGAUGGCUUCGAGAAAAAAAAAACAUAUCAGUGGUACUAAAAUGUACCUCAAGUAUUUGACAACAUGCUAUUUCUGGAAUGAAAUAUUUAUUUAAUCUCCCAAUGCAAACAGAUCUUUGAUGUUGUUGAUGCCUUCUGCCACGCACUAAUAUCAACCGUCCAAAGUAAAUUGCUUCUUGAAAAAUUGACACAAAGUGAAAAAAAAAAAGUUUUUAUUUUCCUCAUGAACGUCACCAGAUUACAUUUAAAGGAAACUCUGGCCUAGACUAUUUUCAAGAUACGAUAGCAACAUAUCCCAUCGUUUCAGUGCAGACGACCGCCUCUCAGAACAACGUGAGGCACUGGUGGUCGUGGAACACACGGGUGACCUGCUGUGGAUGCCCCAGGCCAUCUUGAACAGCUCGUGCGGGUUCGACACGCUCUUCUUUCCCUUUGAUGAGCAGACGUGUCAGCUCAAAUUCGGCUCCUGGACCUACAAUGGCAACAUGCUGGAUAUUGAUUUCAUAGGUAACUAGGAUAAUGCGUUAGAUAUUGAUUUCAUAGUAACCGCUUCAACAUGCUAGAUAUUAGUGUCAUCUGUAGACAGCACACAAUGCUCUAUGUUGAUUUCAUAGGUAAAUUCUUAAACAUGCUAGAUAUUGAUGUCCUCUGUAGACAGUACACAAUGCUCUAUGUUGAUUUCAUAAGUAAAUGCUUAAACAUGCUAGAUAUUGGUGUCAUCUGUAGACAGCACACAAUGCUCUAUGUUGAUUUCAUAGGUAAAUUCUUAAACAUGCUAGAUAUUGGUGUCCUCUGUAGACAGUACACAAUGCUCUAUGUUGAUUUCAUAGGUAAAUGCUUAAACAUGCUAGAUAUUGGUGUCCUCUGUAGACAGUACACCAUGCUCUAUGUUGAUUUCAUAGGUAAAUGCUUAAACAUGCUAGAUAUUUGUGUCAUAUGUAGCCAAGGAGUACAACGCGGAAGGUAUUGAUUUCAUAUGUAGCCAGGUUGUUCAACAUGGUAGGUAUCGGUUUCAUAUGUAGCUAAUUAGUACACCUUGAAAGCUAUUGAUUUCAUAUGUAGCCAAGUAGUAAAACAUGGAAGGCAUUAAUUUCAUGUGUAACUAGAACAUCAUAUUCUACGACGACUGCCUAAGUAACUACUUCAACAUGCUAGAUAUUAAUGUAUUAGGUAACUAAUACAGCGGCAUGAUGCUUAAUAUUGAUAUAUAGCUAACUAAAAUGUGCUAACUAAAUUUGAGUUAGGAAUUCUUUUUAGGCUAUAAAAUUCAAGCAUAAUAAGUUCCUUACGUGUUAAUGAGAUCUAAUAGAUUUUGAGAGUUAUUGCUCUCCAGUUAUAUGAAAUAGGAUUAUAAGAGGGCAAACAAAAACAGUUUCUUGUACUGUCUUCAAUGUAAAAUGGAGUCAGACAAUGUAUUUAAAUAAAUGAAUGAAAUAGUGAAACGAGGUAUGUGGAAGCUUGAAAUAAGGUAACAGGACAAAAAACAAGGACGUUUCGGCAUAAAGCCUUCCUCAGCCAACAAUAGAAAUGAAAAUAUAACAAAGAAAAGAACACAGUAGAAAACUCAAGCAGUAUUCAUUCGUCUCUCCGGAAGUGGGAAAACAGGAAGCGAGAGAAUAUAAAUAUUGACACUGUGAAAAAUAAAGUCCACAAUAAAGCCUUUAAAAACCCCACCAAGCCAGGACUAUCAAAAUUGUUAAGAUUAUGUACAAAGUAAACAAAACACAUCUCUAUUUAUUUGAAUCAAUAACAAAUCUUAUCAAAAUUAUUUUGGGUUUAUUUUAAAGUAAAACUUUAAAACUUUUAUUUCUCCUUUUUUAAAAAAAAAAAAGCUAAUUAAAAGGUAAGAUAUUUAAUAUAGGUGUCUUAACGGAUGAGCUUUUUCAUUCUUCAGGUUUACGCGUAUUUUUUUUUUCGUGUGUCCAGGGGAAGUCCGCGAGAUGGACCUGAGUGACUACAUGCAGUCCAACGAAUGGAGUGUCCUAGAGAAUAGCGCUGUCAAGAACAUCAAAUAUUAUACAUGCUGCCCUGAGCCUUAUCCUGACAUGACUUUCACGUACGUAACAACCCUGGCAGAGCUUCUUAAAUAAUUGAUAUCUUCACGUUUUAUUAAACUUUAAUACUUUCAAUAACAUUAUUUAAAUAAAAUAACAACUAUGUCUUAUUUUUACCUUGCAGCAUCUUUGAGUGGUGUUUAUAGGGUAAAGGAAUCGUGUAAAAAUGUUGAUUUUUUUUUGUGGUGUUAGGAAAAUCGACCCUGGAAAAAAAACAACACAAUAAAUAUUUUAUAUUACAGACUGCGGUUGAAGAGAAGAGUCGCAUUCUACACUUUUAUUUUAAUCCUGCCAUGUGGCUUGCUUUCACUGCUGACGUUAGUUAUAUUCUGGGUACCUCCAGAGUCUCCUGCAAAGCUACAGCUUGGUAAGAAUAGUGUUGGCCAGUGGUCGGCCACAAAUCGGUUCUGAAUCCUGAAAAAAAAAACAUGGUUCAUGACAGGUUCUUGAACAGAAAUUUGACUGUCAAAAAUUUUUUAAAUCAUCCUGCUGCUGAUUUUUUUUUUCUUUGGCUAAUACGUUUGCGGACCACUGGCGUGCCGCUCAUCUGGUAUUUUAUUCCCGUGUGUAUCUUGACAGAGGUCCGAGUCAAUGACACUGCUGAAAGCAGGCAAUGCUCUUUUUUGUGUCUAAACACAAGUUUUAAGACUGUCAAAUUGUAAAAUGCUUGGAAAUGAAAGAUAUCAAAAUAAAAGUAAUGUCCGAUGAUUUCGUGGAUUUUAAUUGAGAUUCUAAUUUCAUUGUUACAUAUUUAUACAAAUAAUUUUUAAAAAAUUACAUAGAGAAGAAGAUUUUUUUUUUAAAGUCAGAACAGAAAACAAGAAUGCGUUAUUAUUUAAUAUUUGCAUAUCAAUUUUAAUUUACUUUUCAGUCCAUUUACAACUUAAAACCUGUAUGUUUCUUUUGCAUAAAUUAACUAAUUAUAAGACAGUUUUGCUAGAGAUCAUACGAUUCUCUCCGUUUAUUAUUCUAUUAUAUGCCUAUGAUUUUCAGCAUCAAUUUGUUCCUUGCUAUGAGAUCAUUAUAACAGAUUAAAUGCUACUCUCUUCUCCACCAGGUAUGAACAUAUUUCUUGCCUUCUUCGUUCUCUUGUUACUCUUAGCUGAUUUCACUCCAAGGGCAGCCACCUCUAUACCAUUGAUUGGUAAUGUAGCAAUACCGUUGUGCUAGUAUAUAGAAUUUCAUGGAAACAUCUCUGUCAUGAUAAUACUGCUAUAUAAAAUUUAAAAAUUGCAUUAAUGAAUCCACGUUACUUUGAUGUAAGAUCACUGGUUUAAAGUAAAAUUUUAAAAAAGUAUUGCAUUUUUUUAUCAUACAAAAAUAAAGUUAAACGAAACUUCAAAUAAUCAUAAAGUCAUCAACACUUUAUUCCUCUCUCUCCACAGGGGCGUAUUUUUGCUUAAGUAUGAUCAUGAUAACCAUGUCUACAGUCCUCGCUUGCGUGGUGGCCAACAUGCAUUUCAGAGGAGUUCGGAUUAGCAGAGCUCCGAGGUGGCUUCGGUCGGUCAGUUGCUUGGAAAGAUAUUUAUUUAGAGCUGCAGUUAGAUGAACCCAGAGCUUAAUCCAAUCCACGUGUAACAGUUAGUCUAACAAAAGUGUGUGUGUGCGGGGGGGGGGGAGGGAGGGGGGCUUUUAAUAAUACAAAUUUAGUUGGAUUCUUACUUCAACACUUAUUUAAGCACAUGUACGUAAAUUUGGAAGUCAUAACCUUCGUUUUAUGUAUUGUGUGUUUAACACCAAUGCAGUCCUGCGUAUAAAAUGAUUACUGAAAUUCAUAUUUAUACAUUUCAAAAAUUAUUAACUAGAAUACGGUAUACAUGAUAUGACAGUGUGUGAACAUUCACAUAUAAUAAUGAAACAGUUUCCAAUACCAUUAGAAUUUAAGAACGUUUAAAAAAAACUAAGUUAAAACUAUUUAAUGAUCUACCAAAAAAAUUGCCCCCCUGGCACUACGUUAAAACUAUGUAAUUAUCUGCCAGUGCGUCAUUGACAUCGCAGCCAAAUUGUUCCAAGUCAACGAGGUUGUAGAGGAGAACAGGCUCCAACCGGUGACGCCGAGGAAGACGUGGUCCACGUACGUCACAGGAGAGAAGAGUCAGUCCGACCCGGAGACGCUGGUUGCCAGGAUUCACCUCCUUAAUUGUCAGACGGGAUCCAGGCAGGAGAUGCGAGACUACGGUGCAUUUCAGGUUGGCCGAAACAUGGCUUCAUUUGGACACGUUACAGUCAGUUAUACAUGGGUCAAGUGAUCACUGUAAUGAGGUUAAUGGAAAAAAACUGCUACAAACAACUAUACCCUGAGGUUGUUUCAAAGAUAUCUAGGAUCUAGGCUGAAGACCCAGGGAUUCAAUUCAUAAUAUAAAAUCAGGGAACAUGGGGGUUAAAAUUGGGGUCACUGGAUUUCAGAAACGUUGACUUAAGGGCGUUAAAAUAAUACAUCAUUUUAAGCCAUUAUUGACCACUGUCCACCCAAAACAAGGACGCUUAGAAUAUUUUGAGUUUUGCGACCACUCUUACAGAUUUUAAGUGGCAAAUGCAUUCAUCAGUACUACAACAAAACAUUUAAAUAAGCAUAAAUUACAUUUACUUAAUACAUAGAAUACAUGUUUGCUACCUAAAAAUAGAAAAGGAUAGGCUUGGACGCAAAACCCAGACAAAAAAAAAUGUAAUUUGAAAACAUAUUGUAUUGCUUGUCUUGUCAAAGGAUGUAACAAGUGACUACUGUGAGCCGUCCACUUCCACAGCCUUGCACCAGUCAUCAGCCUCGGCAUCCCCCAGCGACGAUGUGAUAGUUAUUGAUGAGGUUAGUGGUGGGUUCUGCUUAUGUGUGAGAAAUAUUCAGAUAGGUAGGAUUUUCUCUUGUAUGUCUUUUUAAAGACUCAUUGAUAUCGAACAAUUAUUUCCUACACUAGAUCCCAGCUAUCAUUAAGUACUUGCUGAAAUUAAGUAUCGUGUUAAAACUAAUAAGAGUAAUUGAUGGUCUUACUCAAGUGAUUGAGGGUUUUACUCAAGUAAUUGAUGGUCCUACUCAAGUAAUUGGUGGUCUUACUCAAGUAAUUGAGGGUUUUACUCAAGUAAUUGAUGGUCCUACUCAAGUAAUUGGUGGUCUUACUCAAGUAAUUGAGGGUCUUACUCAAAUAAUUGAUGGUCUUACUCAAAUAUUCAAUGAAUAUAAGUAGGGAACUUCAAGGCAACGCUUUGCGUGCCAUGCAAUGAUAUUAGUAAAUCUUUAUAAAGAAAUAUAUGAAAUCCUUGCAACGACGAGGGAUAGACAUAACAGUCAAUCGUUUUGAUUUAUUAUUAAGAAGACAUUCGUUCAAUUUUAUCACUUUAUAUAUAUUUGUAUAUAUAUAUAUACAUACAUAUAUAUAUAUAUAUAUAUAUAUAUAUAUAUAUAUAUAUAUAUAAAUACGAAUAAGCUUUCGUCAGCAUGUAACCAGUUUAAUGGCGCACAAUAUAACAUUCCACAUAAAUAUAUAUAUUUGUAUAUAUAUAUAUAUACAUACAUAUAUAUAUAUAUAUAUAUAUAUAUAUAUAUAUAUAUAUAUAUAUAAAUACGAAUAAGCUUUCGUCAGCAUGUAACCAGUUUAAUGGCGCACAAUAUAACAUUCCACAUAAUUGAACUAAAAGAGCGUGUACAGUUAUGUUCAAAGACGCGAAAACUAAAAUUCCUUCCCUACAGGAAUUUCUUUAAAAAAAAUGAUGGUAAUUUUUGUUCUUAUACACCGAAAACGAAACAAUUUAAUCCGAUAAAAGAUGUUUAUAUUUAUAUAUACGAACAUAAAUAAUUAGGCGCUGAGACUUCGUCGUAGCAUGCACAAAGUCGCUCUAUGUGCCUACGUUUUUCACCCAAGCUACAACGGGUCAUGUUUUCUAAUGACAAAGAAUCUAAUUGACCUAUUUCGUAUUUAUUAUUGUUCCAGGUGAGCGCCAUACGAGAGUUGAUGGAUGAAGAACUUACGUACAGAGAAAGUCAAGUUGAGAACAAGAAGACCAUUCGCGAAUGGCGCAUGAUCGCAUGCGUUAUGGACAGAAUAUUCUUUACGUUUUACAUCGUCAUCAACAUGAUAGGGGUCGGGGUCAUUCUUUUAAAAAGCUACUUUUCGUGAGAACCACUCGUUAUACGGACAAAUCGUUAUAUUAUCCAUCGCCAUAUCCUGAUACAGUCAAAUACGUUAUAUUAUUUGGUGUUAAAUUCUGAUAUAGACAAAUGCGUAAUAAUAUUCGGUGUUAAAUCCUGAUGCAGGUCCAUUCUUUCAGCAAUUCUGUGUUGACCCUGCCAUAGAAAAAUUUGCUUUGAUAUUCUGUGUCAACUCCGGAAUACACACUCUGAUAUGGGGGUGAUGUCUCCAGAUACGGUCAAAUUCGUUCUGCUGUUCGGUGUUGUUCGCUUCAUAAAAAAUUUCAUGACAUGCUGCUUUUAUUUUAUUUGCAACCUGCUUAUUGGGUGAAAGUCAUGACAUGCAACACUAGAUGACAUAUGACAUACAACACAGAAUGAAUUAUGACAUGCACCGCCGGAGGAAUCCUCCACUACAACGUCAGAUGAAUCAUGACAGAAAAUGAAUUAUGUUAUGUUAGAAGUUGUGAUGGACUUUUAAAAAUGUUUGCUUAAAAAUACAAUAACGUAAUCGCUAUUAUUUUCAAGUAUGCUCUAUUACGAGGACACGCUGCCUGCUCAAGCCGCUAUAUGCUUAUCAAUUCAUAUAAAAAAAACUCGGAUAAAGUUAAUGAUAAAAAACUAUUUAACGUUAAUAUUUUCAACUGGUUAAUUAUUUCUUUGAAAUGCCAAACACUUCUUGUCUCUAUUGUUUUGUGAAUCACUGAAAUCCAACCAUUUCAUAUCUUUAAAAAGUAACAUUGCGAAGAUAGUAUUUUAACUUGUAAAAUGCCAAAUACCAUUUUGUGAAUGUUUUAAGUAAUGCUCUAACAAAGUUGUACUAUUCAUUUGAUGUGAAUUGAAUCAUUAAAGGUGAUUUAAACU